AGAGAAUUCCCUUAAACCAUCUGUAAACAGUGGAAAGAGAAUCAUGAUUUGAAAACCUAAAAGCAAAAAGCCAGCACAUAUAUAUAAAGACAGAUUACAAGUAGAAUUGGUAUUAGUAGAAAGCAAAUGACAACACAGGUAGAGCAAGCACAGAUGAUGGUGAAGGUGAAGAACUCAAGCAGCCCCAGCCACAUGAUGAAGGAAGACCGAGACGAGGAGAUGACUCGUUCCGCCUUAGCCACCUUCCACGCCCGGGAAGAGGAGAUCGAGAGGAGGAAGAUCGAGGUCAGGGAUAAAGUGCAAACGCAGCUAGGCCGCGUUGAAGAAGAGACCAAGCGCCUCGCUCUAAUCCGCGAAGAGCUGGAAGGCUUGCAUGAUCCAAUGAGAAAAGAAGUAGCGAUUGUUCGCAAGCGAAUCGACCUCAUCAAUCGAGACUUAAAGCCCUUAGGAAUCACCUGCCAGAAGAAGGAGAAAGAAUACAAAGAGGCUCUAGAAGCUUUUACUGAUAAGAACAGGGAAAAGGGACAGCUGAUAGCCAAACUAGUUGAGUUGGUGACUGAAAGUGAGAAAAUGAGACUGAAGAAGCUGGAGGAGCUUAGCAAGAACAUUGAUGCCCUGCACUGAGAAAUUUUUAAUAGUAUUUUUUUCUUUUGUGGCAUUAUGUUGUGUUUUAUGUUGUUUCAAGAUUGUUUGAGACACAGAUAUGCUUCUGACUCUGAGUGUGAGAAUUAUUUGAAAUUUGCUCUGUUGUUGUGAUAUACACUCAUUUUGUUACACAUAUCAUUAGUUUGGUGCAAUUAUGGGCUAAUUAAUGUGAUAGACUUAUUUUGGUUCUUGAA